UGUAAUUAUUUCCCAACGAAGCGGACAUAGGAGAAGAGCGACCUGAGUCAUUAUAACGUAUCAAUCGGGCAUAACCCCUCAUCCAUCUUCCCUUCCCUUCCCUGUAAUACAAAUCUAUGUGAUUUGCGACGAUGGGCUGGAGGGUGAUUCUUCAAUAAACAAAGACAAAAGACAUUGUCAUUGUCAUCCCGUUUCCCAAUCUCUUACCGCUUACCUCUUACCUAACUUCCAAUUCCUAAAAAUAGCAUUAACUAAGGUCAAGUACCUUAGGUUAGGUACUUAGUUACCUAGAUAAGAAGACUCGAAAACGUAUCGCAAAUCCCAUUCCAUCUAGAAUCCAACGAUGGCCACGCCCGAAGUAUCCCACGGCCGCGGCGGCGCCGGCAACAUCACCCCGGACAACACCAAGUACGUGGACGGGGAAAUCGUGCGGCAAGGCCCGGAAGGCAGCCACGGGGACGGCGCAUUCAGCACCGGUCGAGGAGGAGCAGCCAACAUCGCCGACGCCUCCCAGCCCCCCUCCGCGAUGCGCGCGGACCGCGAGGUCGUCCCCGAGGAAGCCACGCGGCCCUCGACCGACGGCGAGAGCUUCCACGUGGGGCGGGGCGGCGCCGCCAACGUGCACCUGUCGGAGCAGGACAAGCAGAAGAAGCUGGAAAAGCACCAACACCAGCAGCAGAACCAGCAGCAGCAGCCACAGCAACAUGGUAAUGCCGCGACCAACAAGGUCACCGAUGCCCCGCCCGCGACGACGCCGGGCGCCCCGCCGAAUCUGAGCUUGGCGGAUAAGCUGAAGCAUAAGAUCUUUGGGGUUUUUAAGAAAUAGGAGAGGAGGAAGGGAAGGAGGAAGGGAAGAGGAGGUAGGA